AUGGCAAUCGCCAAUGGGCACAUUCAUGCUCUACAUCCUCACACCUACAUCGUAUCAGUAGGGGAACAAGACAAGGACGCGACGGUCUACAUAGGCAACAUAGACGAGCGGGCCACGCCGGCCAUGGUCUACGAGAUCAUGCUCCAGAUGGGUCCCAUCCACAACAUCCACAUGCCCCGCGACCGCGUCACCCAGUCCCACCAGGGCUUCGGCUUCGUCGAGUUCCGCUCGCCCCCGGACGCCGAGUACGCGGCCAACGUGAUGAACGGCGUCAAGCUGUACGGCAAGUCGCUGCGGGUCAACAAGGCCUCGGCCGACAAGCAGCGGACCUCGGACGUCGGCGCCGAGCUCUUCGUCGGCAACCUCGACCCCCUCGUCGACGAGCGCAUCCUCUACGACACCUUCAGCCGCUUCGGCCCGCUCCUGUCCCUGCCAAAGGUGGCCCGCGGCGACGACGGCGCCUCCAGCAAGGGCUUCGCCUUCGUCAGCUUCGCCGACUUCGAGAGCAGCGACGCCGCCAUCGCCAACCUCCACGGCCAGUACAUCCUCUCCAAGGACGUCACCGUCCAGUACGCCUUCAAGAAGGACGGCCGCGGCGAGCGUCACGGAGACGACGCAGAGAGGGAGCUCGCCGCCCAGGCGAAGAAGCGCAACAUCGGUCGCCAGCCGGGUUCCUACAACCGCCCGGCCGACUUCCACCCCGUACCCCCCGGCGCCUUCAGACCCCCAUCUGGUUCGCCCGGUGCGCAGGGCUACCCCGUCGCUCCUCCGCCUGCUGGGUUUCCCGCUCCCACGCUCGGUGCCCCGGGUACGCCUCCUGCUCCUCCCCCUCCCGGUUUCUCCGCGCCGCCUCCCGGAUUUCCGCCCCCCCCCGGUUUCGGUAGGAGGUGA